AUGCCUGAAGGAGGAGUACGACUGGUGCUGCAGCUCGACCAGGAGCAAAAGGCACAACGACUCUCGCAGCAGCACUAUCUGUAUCCCCGGCCUGAACCAUCUCAACAACAGCAGCAUCAUUACCAAGGCCAGCAGUUCCUCAGCCCGCAGGCGCAUCCGCCGCCGUCGAUUCCGCUGCCGCCGUUGCCCGCUAUGACGAGGACACGAGGGGCCGACCCGACUGAGGAAGCGCCGUCGGACAAGGAGCGGGAGGGUGCAGAUGGUGUUUCAGCAGACCUGCGGCCGCGCGCAGCCACGGGAAUCCCUCGAUCCGUCACAUCGUCGCCAUCUAUUCCUACCCUACGCACCCAAGCAUCCUCUCCCUCGCCGUCGCCGUCGCGAGUGCCGACGCCCAACUUGCGCAAGGCCGUCAGCAUCGAAGCCUUCCCACGGCCCCCUGGCAGCGGCAUUGCCAGCCCCCUUGCGCAACUGGCCUCGUCGAGCCCUCGAAACUCGUCGCAAUCCUCCUCUUCUCUUGCGCCCAAUUCCUAUUCUUCCUCGACACCGCGCCUAGCCCUAGCGCCCUUACAACCGCCGAGCGGACUGCGCAAGCCACAGUCCAAACCGUCUCUCCGAAACCUGCGCUCAAAAACAUCUAUUGCCUCGCUCGGCACUACCGCCGUCAGCGCCGUCCGCAACUCCAAGAGUGACAGCCUGCUGAGCAUACCAUCUCCCCCUGGGAGCCGCUCGUCCUCGGCACCCGUUUCCCCGGCCACACCCCUGACGCCCAACACCCCUGUGGCCGACACGACCAUGCUCGAAGCAACGAAUGGCGACAAGGACAAAGAAGCAAAGGGAAACAUCACAGUCAGUGUUCGCGUGCGGCCUGACGCAGCCGCAGAUACACAGCCGGACGGAGAAUGGUUGGUCGACGGUCGACGCUCCCUCAUAAGCUACGAAAGUGGAGAAUAUCGCUAUGACAAUGUAUUCUCACCACACGACCAGAAUGCCCGCGUAUACGAAUCCGCUGCCAAACGCCUGGUGCGGCGUGUCAUGGAAGGCUACCACGGAACUGUUUUCGCCUACGGUAUGACGGGCACUGGAAAGACAUUCUCGAUGCAAGGUACCGCCAUGUCUCCUGGUGUUAUCCCUCUGGCCAUUACCGACAUCUUCUCCUACAUCCGCCAAAAUCCUGCCCGCGAGUUCCUGCUGCGUGUCAGUUACCUCGAAAUCUACAACGAGAAGAUCUACGACCUGCUCAACCCCGACUCGAAUGAGGAGAUCAAGCUGCGAGAAGACCCCCGCCGCGGUGUUUAUGCGACGCCCCUCAAGGAAGAAAUCGUACAGAGCCCUAAUCAGCUGCUCAGAGUCAUUGCUCGUGGUGACCAGCAGAGGCGUGUGGCAGGCACGCAAUUCAACGCUCGCUCUUCACGCUCGCAUGCUGUCGUUCAGAUUGUCGUCGAGUCGCGUGAACGCACCGCCGCUCCUGUUGGCGACCCGAGGCGCGACAAGCUGCUACCCGGCAGUGUUCUGGUGUCAACCCUCUCCCUGAUCGAUCUUGCGGGUUCUGAAAAGGCAGCCGAAAGCAAGGAGCGACGUACCGANGGGGGUCAUAUUAACAAGUCCCUGCUUACACUAGGCACGGUCAUCGCUCGUCUGUCUGGGGACAAAGAGCUCGCCGAAAAAGAUCAAAAACAUCUCCCCUACAGAGACAGCAAGCUCACCCGUCUUCUCCAACCCGCUCUUUCCGGAAACUCACUGGUGUCUAUCCUUUGUACUGUUCAGCUCUCCUCAGCAUCAAGUAGCGCUUCUACGACCUCCUCGCACACAACCGAAACGUUGAACACACUCAAGUUCGCAAGCAGAGCUAAAAACAACCUUGUCAGCCAUGCGAGACGGAACGAGUCCAACCCUGCUGAUGGCGCUGAUCCACGUAGCCGAGCUUUACUGGAUAGGUACAAGCUAGAAAUCAUUGAUCUAAGGGCUCAGCUGGACGAACAGAGCAAAAUAAAAAAUGAGGCCGAGAAGGCCGAAAAAGCAGAGGUCGAAGAAGAACGCUGGAGAGAAAGAGAACGCGAGAGUGCCGAACGCCACGAGGAGCAAAUGCUGGAAAUGCAGCUCGCCAGGACUGCUCUGAAGGAGCGCAUCGCUCAUCUGAACAGACUGAUUUUGAGUUCCAAGUCACUGGGAGUUAACUCGGGACGCUUCUCCAAUGCUAGUUCGAGCAUGCCAAUCCUCCAACGAACGAGCACACACAGCACACUGGAACGACCGAAGAGCCGGAGACCGGGCAGUAGUGGGAGUCAGACCACCUCGAGUCGUAUCCAAUCUGGCUCCACCAUAGCGGGUAUGCUUCCCAUAGCACGGACCUCGCAAAUCGAGUUGGCCUCUGCAUCAGAAGACGAAAACGAUGAUGAGGAUAUGGCAGCUGAUGAGGACGCCUUGGAUCCCGGGAGUGCCACCUCGGCCCGUCGAAUCAGUGCUCUACAGGCUGAUCUCGCGGACAAAGAUCGAUACAUUGCAACUCUGGAGAAGCGGCUGCUGCAGACUCGUAACAACUCUUACAGCAAAGCGAGUAGUGCAAGAUCGCCUCUACAGAGCCGCGUGCCUUCUCGAGACGGGCAGAACACUGAUGCCAUUGUCAAAGAAAAGGACCAAGAGAUUGAGCGACUUCGGCAAAAGCUGGAAGACCAGACUCGUAUGGUGUCUGCGCUGAGGAACGCCGCUAGGAAACGUGACAUGCUCGACACAUCCGGAGCAUUGUCACAACACCCUGCCUUCAGACAAAGUCCCACAACCUCGCCGGAGAAUAGGGAGCCACGCACACCAUUCCGCAGCAUGAGUCGCCCAGAGCUCUUCCGGAGUGCCAGCGGGCCUGCCAGUGCUGUCAACCAAACGUCACCACCCAGUUCGCCGCCUCCUGGGGUACAAAACUUUUCUCGAUUGUCAAAGCAUCCCGCUUCCCUUGUCCCGACUGACACGGAAGAAGUUGAGGCGCAUGAAAGCAACGAAUCUCCCAAAGAGCCGAUCAACAACGUGGCAAGAGUCACGAGCGCUAGCAACGUGCCCGGCACUAGGAGAACCGUGGACGAGAUGACAAAGCUUUUGGAUGAGAUGAUCCAAGACAAGGUCAACACUGGCCAUGUGAUCCGCGGCGACAGAGGCAGCUUGCGGGUAAAGCGUGACACUGUCAUGAGCCGCGCCGGCAACGAAGACAUGCCCCAUGACGCUGAAGCAGGCGCUGCGGCUCAUCACUACGAAAAACCGCAAUUCAUAUGA